GAUGACGUAAAAGUGAAUCCCUACUUGUUUCAGAAAUGGACCGACCUACGAAAUAUAAACAAACAACCCAACACAUAAAGAGAUUUAACGCUUCAAUAGAGUUGGUCAGAAAACAUAGAGCGUAGAGUAAAUUCGGUGGUCGUCCUUAAUAGAAUCCAAAUCAGUGCAUAUAGUGAAAGUGCAUCUCUUCGUGCAAGACAAUGAAAAAGAUUCUUCUAACAAUUUUCACCUGCACCUUGAUAAUAAGUCCAACGCACUCCAGAAUAACCAAACGAAGCUAUUCAGAUCAAAGUGUUCACGGUUACAUGACAGAGCGUACGUGCUGGUGGAAUGAGGUAUGCAAGGAAGAAUUUCAAAAUAUGUUUCGAUGCAAAUGCCCUCAAUGGUCAUAUUGCAGGUCACCGGGUCGGUAUUACAAUGCAUUCUGUUCUAUGACAAAUACCGGUUACAUAUGGACACAGCCAACGUGGGAUUGGGGUCCUUAAGGAAGCACUAUAGCGUUUUAGCCAAAUUUCACAAGCAAUCUGGACAUUUUGAAGCCAGAACUAUCUCGUAAUGUGUUCUAUGAAAUAUUCAAUGUCAAUUGAAGAUUUUUUGAGUUCUUGUAUAGUAGCAUAAUAUCUAUCCCUUAAUAAAAUAACGAAAUUCAA